AUGACCCCCAAGCAGAUGAGAAAGUCACUGAAGGUCAAUGUGAUCAAGAAGCGGCUUCCAGAGAGGAAGCUGGAGGAUGCUUACCAGCUCUUGGAGCAGCUGGGGGCUGGAAACUUUGGCAGCGUGAGAAAAGCGGCCGAUCUCCAAAGCGAGGCCUUCGUUGCAGUGAAGUCGGGCUACUCCCUGGAGCAUGAGUCAGCCACGCUGAAGAAGAUGGACCACCCGAACAUCGUCAAGCAUGUUGAUUUCUUCUACGAAAACAGGACGACUUGCCAUUUGGUGCUGGAGUUGUGCCCUGGUCGGUGGCUGGUUGGCAUGGAGGAGAGGCAUGCCAGAUUUUAUAUGGCUGGAGCAGUCUUGGCAGUAGGAUAUAUGCACAGCAAGUGUAUCAUUCAUCGUGACUUGAAGCCGCCAAACAUAUUGGUGAAUGCGGAAGGAUGGCCAAAGCUGUCGGACUUCGGAUCUUCAGCGCUGCUUGUUGGCGGUGUGGCCUACGGCCCGGCGGGCGAUGCGCUCUACAGCGCGCCAGAGUUGCUGGCAGCACGUACCAGCCGCACUGCGCCGUAUUCUUGCGGCGUCGACUUCUGGGCCCUGGGCAUCGUGUUGUUUCAGUCACUGAGUGGCUAUUUACCCUUCAACGGUCAGACUGUUGGCGAAGUCAUUCGGCAGGUCCAGGAAAGUAUCCAGGCCGUUCGAUUUCCGAAGACGGUUCAAGGUGGAGCCGGAGAUAUGGUGAUGGGCCUGUGCACGAAGGAGCCAUCCAAGCGCUUAGGGUGCCCCGAGAUCAAACAGCAUUCCUGGUACCGCGGGUUCGAUUGGCCAGCGUUUCAGGCCAAAACCAUGCAGCCGCCGCCUUACAAGCUGAGGGAGGACAAGGACUUGUGCAAUUGCGAGACACCAAGCAGUAGCAGGUCGACGGACCUGCCACCAUCCCCGGAGGCCAAGAGCGGCGAUGUGGGAGGCGCCAAAGUGACGGAAGACGCCAAAGUGCGCGAAGGUCGGACACUGCGCUGCCAAGCUGCCGUCGAGGGUCACAAGCUGCCCAGCGAGAGGGCCACGCAGUAUGCGGAGGAGGCCGAGGCGGAUAUCUUUACCGAGUUCUUCAACCGCAUGUUCAGCUGCUGUACGCAGAGAACGAAGUGA